GAUAGCGCAAGUUAGAGAAGGACAUCACGAAGAUGCAAAUAGUGUUACAGCGGGAUUCGAACCCGCCACCUCCAAGCUACAGAGCGUUAGGUGGAACGGUGGGAUCGCUAGGGCAGGCAGACUCAUAAAGCUUCCAAAAUACUACCAAGUUGCCACGAAGUAUAUGGAAUUCACAGUGGGUAUUCCUCAUGAAAUGAAUUUUGAGUUUGAUGCUUUUACUUAAAAACUUUUUUCUAUGGAUUUUCAUCAGCCAAUACUUUUAACAUGAUUGACAUAUUUCUUCAGAAAGAUGUUAAGAAGUUACUCAAAAAUAAAAAUAUUGUCUUUAUGGGAGAUUCUAAUAUAAGAGCUUUAUAUAAAGAUAUACUUUGCUUGUUGGACAAAAAUAGACUCAUUGCCCAGAGUAUUCUUAAGAAAAAAGGAGAAACUUCCUGUUUUGGUGAUAGAUUGGUGUCUGGAACUCUAAAAUAUAAUGGUCGGGAAUAUAGAGAAGAAAGAAAAAGAUAUCAUGAAGAUACUACACUUUCUUUUUAUUUCCUGACUCGAGUUUACGAUAAAUACGCCAAAAAAAUUCUGAAUGAUUUGUCAAAUGAUCCACAGAAUAUGCCUGAUGUAGUGUUACUCAAUAGUUGCCUAUGGGAUGUGACAAGAUGGGGACCAAAUGGCGUUGAACUUUACAAAAAGAAUUUGGUUCGUCUGAUGAAAGACUUGAAAGAACGAAUGCCUGAUUGUUUAGUUAUUUGGGUUACAGCUCCACCCAUUGCAUGUGAUCCAAAUGGAGGUUUCCUAGUGAAAGAAAUUGAAUUUUUGAAAUAUUCUAUACGCUUUCAUGUUGUGGAAGCUAAUCAUUAUGCUAGAAAAGUAGUUGUUGAUCAUGGAUUCGAUGUUGUGGAUUCUCAUUACCAUCUUAAACUCCAAAUUCAUAGGAGGACUCCUGAUGGGAUUCAUUGGUAUCCUGAAGCUGUUCGAUACGUCACUAACUUGCUAUUAACUCACAUUAGUAUUGCGUGGAAUGUCUCUCUUCCUCAUAGGUUUAAAUCUGAAGGAUCACAAGAAAAUCCUGUUUCAAUUUCUGAUGAGGAGGAAACAUAUAAGCCAAAAAAGGUUUCAUCUGUUACAAUCAUGCCUGAUGUUUGUGAAAAAUGUACAAAUGACGAACAGAGACAGAACAACAGAAAGAGAGCAGAAAUUAUCUUUACUCCUCAAAAGUCUAAGAGAAGCAGAAGAUGUCGAAAGAGAAGAAGCAACAAGUUUCAAGAAUCUCAUCAUUCUUAUUUAAAAAGAAUAGAAAGUAGGGAACGCCAUAACCAUAUUCGACAAUGGAAAAAACUUGAUGAAAACCAGCACAGUAAUAUGAAAGCUGUGGAGGCCCAUUGUUCUCCAUACAGCAAUCCAGUAGAUUUUGGACACCAUUCGAAUUCAAACCCUGAACCUUAUAUUACUCAUGAUCUACAAAGGUUCAUUGAUAGUCCAAGACAUAUACCACUUCCUCCAAGUCCUUAUCCAAAGCCUAACAAGGCAGUUUUCAAUUCUCCUGUGCAUGGAUUUGAAGCUGGAAUGCGUAUAUCUCUCCAAACAAACAAUAUGUCUUCCGUAAGAACUGUACACAUAUCGCCAUUGAGGAGUUUUCCCAGUGAGUCACGUCAAAGCUUAUGCUGGUCUGAUCUUCGAUGUGAUAACAAACCAUUUCCUAAAAAUAAUCAGUUGCAAUUUUUGCCUAAAAUUGAUUUUGCAUCAACAGAUGAUAUCCCGUUUGGAAUACAAUUCUAAACAGCUUUGGAAAAACCUAGGAAUUUUGGGGAAUAAACUAGGGAUUUUUGAGGAAUGAACUUUUGGAAAGAUUGCGAAUUUUCGAGAAGAAAUCUUUUAUGCUCUCAAUAGGGUUAAAAAAAAAAAAAGAUUUCUAAUUACGUAAAGAUAAAUUCUCACUGCUUAUUUUUUUUAAAAAUAUACUCUGCGCAUUUAAAAAAAAGAAAUUAAAUCAACAUGUGUUUCUAUUUAGUUGAAAACAUACUAAAAUUAACCUGCAUUUAUAAACAGAGGUCAAUUUUAGGAUAAAUUAGAAAUAAAGAAAAAUUUUUUAACCAUUCAACAUGCAAUCUUAUAUCAAGUAUUUUAUGAAAUUAAGAAUCUUCUGGGUUAAAUAAAAUGAAUAAAAAAUGUAAAAGAGGAAAAUUUUUUAAAUCUUAUUCUGAAACCUUUUAAGAAAAGAUUUUCAAUUAAAGAAAUAGGCCUAACCGUUUUUAUGUCAGAAAUCUGCUUAAAUUAUCUAUUAGUAAAAAAGCAAAUAAUUUUAAUAUUCAUUAUUGCACUCGUAACGAAAUACAAGAAAAACACGAUAUAUUUAAUUAUGUUAUAUUUCGGUCCACAUGCGAUAUUACAGCGGUUGAAAUUAGCAAUAUCUAUAUACUUCUUUUGCAUUUAAGAGCAACAAAAACUCGCAGUAGAAUACUUUAAAAUAAGUAUAAAAAAUAACUUUUUAAGAAGUCCUCAAAAUUCCUUUGUUUAGGAAAUUUUCAUAAUCCCCCCCCCAAAAAAAACUGGUUUAUUCUCAGAUUUUUUUCUCCUAUUUGCAACACUAAUUCUAAGAUACUUUUUAUUAUUUUUUUCCUGUUAAAGUUUUUAUUUUGAAUUUGCAACCUAUAAAUUUAUUACCUUUUGAUUGUAUAUAUAUAUCAGAAAAUGUUUCUUGAAGAAAAAGCAGAAAAUAGAACCAUUUGAUUCAGAGUUUGAUAAAUCAUUAUGGUUGCCUUCUUAUAUUACAGGAAAAAAAAACAGAAACUUUUAUUUUAUUUUAUAAAAAGUAUUUUGCAUCAUAUCUUAUUAAAAUCAAGCAUUAAACAAAUUAAGCAAACAAUUUUAAAAAUGUGAUACCAGUAGUUCAUUAUAAUAAAUUAUUUGCUCAAACAUAAUUAGUUUAAAACUACUUUUUUUUUUUCAUUAAAAAAGGAUUGUAAACCAGUAGUUUGUUAGUGAGGAACUUGAAAGCUAACUUUAUAUUUUCGUAUAAAAAAUACAAAUAAUAUCAGUUUGUUUCAUACAAUAUUUAGGUAUUAAAACUGUUAAAAAUUACAAGAGUUUUUCAAUUUUAUUUUUAUUUCAUAAGUAUCCAAGUCUAUUUCCAAAAAAAUUUCAUACUCCCAAGAACUUGCUAUCGCCAAAUUCAAUUUAUAUUUGAGGCAUUAAAGUUUAAUAGGAAAUAGGAAUUAUAUAAGAUUGCUUAAAACACAUGCAUAUAAAUAUGAUGGUCUUGUACUUCACUAAGAAUUCAUCCAGCUUUUGCCCUCACAGCUAAUUAUUUAUUUUUUCGCUUGUGAAAUCAAAAAUAGUUUCAGGAAAAUAUUUUUUUCCCCAGAAAACAUGGCUUGGAAGAAAAAGCUAAAUUUUUGCUAGAGACUUAUAUGUUUCAAAAUCCUAUAAAUAACCAGUACAUUUUAAAUGUAUUGUUAAAUUUAUUCAUAUCAAUAAAUAAACAAAAAAUUUCCUAAAAUCAUCCUAUAUGUGUAAAUAUCUCGCUUAAAUUUGAGAACUCAAGCAUAUGUUCUGAGAACAUUUUUGACAAAUAUUCAAAAAAUUAAAUUAAGAACAGUAAUUGCACAAUAUUCAGCAUCAACACUGGUAAAUUACAGUGAAAAAAUUCUCAAGUAAAAUGAUAUCCUUGUAUUAUAUUUUACUGCUUGAAUUGUCAUAUUUUCUUUCAAAAUUAUCCAAUGAGAAAGAAUAUUAUUUACAACAUGCUUAAGUUUGUCUGAAACUCUGUUGAUGUUUUUAUUAUGUUCAUGUUUUUAUUAUAUUCAGAGUUCUUUCAUAAAAGGAUAAGAUACUUACCUACUAAUGUGUUGCUUUAUUUUGGGGUUGGUGAAGAAGUUUUAUUUGGUACUUUUCUGUUGUUCGUCACAAAGUUUGUGAACUUCAUAAAUUAUAUAAGCUUUAAUUAACAGGAAAAUAAAUCAUUUUCAUCCUAAAUUAAAAUUUAUACUCUUUCAAAAUUUUGUUCUGAAGCUUGUUUUGUUAUAAAUAAAUUAUUUUCGGUGCAUACAAUUGAUUAAAAGGACAUGCAACUAUGAAAUUAUUUUUGCUGUGAGUUUUUUUCAAAUAAAAAUCAAUUAAAACUAUUUAAAUGACAUGGAGUAUUUUAUCUUAACAAAAUUUCGACUCAGAAAAACUUUUUCACCCUCCUAACAAAGUUCUGUAUUAUUUUUUUUUAAGGUAAUGUGAUGUAAAAUUGUAUUACACUGUCUCAUUUAUGUAUCAAAUGGAAAUUUUCAAACCCUAUUCAAGACAUUAAAUUUUUCCUCUUCCAUAAA